UGAUUCUGCCUCAGUCUGAGAUCUCUUCUGACCCCACCAAACACACAAGAAGAAAAUGGCCACACUUGGAGUCCUGGUGAUAAGAUUUUUCUUCAUGGCUGUCCUCAUGAGCCCCCAGAAGUCGUGGGCUAUCAGAGAGGAGCACACCAUCAUCCAGGCGGAGUUCUAUCUUUCCCCCGACCAAAAUGGAGAGUUCAUGUUUGACUUUGACGGCGACGAGAUUUUCCAUGUAGAUAUUAAAAAGUCAGAGACCAUCUGGAGACUUGAAGAAUUUGCACAGUUUGCCAGCUUUGAGGCUCAGGGUGCAUUGGCUAAUAUAGCUGUGGACAAAGCUAACCUGGACAUCAUGAUAAAGCGCUCCAACAACACUCCAGAUGCCAAUGUGAUUCCAGAGGUGACUGUACUCCCCAAAAGCCCGGUGAACCUGGGAGAGCCCAACAUCCUCAUCUGUUUCAUUGACAAGUUCUCCCCUCCAGCGGUCAAUGUCACCUGGCUUCGGAACGGACAGCCUGUCACCAAAGGCGUGUCAGAGACAGUGUUUCUCCCAAGGGAGGACCACCUCUUCCGCAAAUUCCACUAUCUGACCUUCCUGCCCUCCAUGGAAGAUUACUAUGACUGUGAGGUGGAUCACUGGGGUUUGGAUGAGCCUCUGCGGAAGCACUGGGAGUUUGAAGAGAAAACCCUCCUCCCAGAAACUAAAGAGAAUGUCCUGUGUGUUCUCGGGUUGUUUGUGGGUCUGGUAGGCAUCGUCGUCGGGAUUGUGCUCAUCAUCAAGGGCCUUCGGAAACGCAACGCAGUGGAACGGCGCCAAGGAGCCCUGUGAGAUACCAGGAGGUGCGGCAGAUGUGCUCAGA